AUGAUGACCGCUCCAAGUCACCGCUUCCGAGUUUCUGGCCUUUUGUCAUCCUCUCUUAUCAAGAAUCAUCAGCAAGUUCCGUCCACGAUGAAAGAAGAACCAUUGAAAGUCAUCUCACCGUUCUCGAUCCCUCCCAUCGCUCGCCGUAUCGAUCCUACCCAUCUCCGAACCGCUACUUCCAAACCCGAUGGAUCAGACAACAACAAUGACCGUGUAGAAAUCGGACCUACGCCUCUGGCAUUUAGUGAGUGGCGAAGUCUUGGCCUUCAGCCACCUCAUCUACCAACAAUGCGUGCAUAUCGCCUGCAACGCAUCUGCAAUGAGCUAUCAAGUCGCGACCUCGGGGGCAUCCUACUCUUCGAUCCACUCAACAUUCGCUAUGCCACUGACACAACCAACAUGCAGCUAUGGACCACACACAAUCCCGCCCGCGCGUGCUUUGUUUCGGCAAGCGGUUAUGUGGUACUGUGGGAUUUCCAUGGCUGUAACCAUCUUUCAGCACAUCUGCCUUUGAUCAAUGAACGACGUUCGGGCGCCUCGUUCUUUUAUUUUGAAACCGGUAAUCGUACCGAAGAACAAGCAGCGCGGUUCGCUGCUCAAGUUGAUGAAUUGAUGCGACAGCAUGCUGGCAACAAUCGUCGUCUGGCUGUGGACCGCAUUGAAGUCGCAGGCCUCAGAGCUCUCGAUGCGUUGGGUUUGGAUGUUUCAAACGGACAAAUUGUCACUGAGCACGCACGAAUGAUCAAAGGCCCAGAUGAGAUCUUGGCGAUUCGCUGUGCCGUUGCAUCUUGUGAAGCUGCCAUUGGUGAAAUGCGUCAAGCCAUGCGCGCUGGCGCCACCGAGAAUGAUGUCUGGGCUGCUCUACACGCUGGUAAUAUCCGUCGUGGCGGCGAGUGGAUUGAAACGCGUCUUCUUAGUUCUGGGCCACGCACAAACCCUUGGUAUCAGGAAUGUGGUCCACGAGUGCUUCGUGACGGAGACCUGGUUGUCUUUGACACUGAUCUUAUUGGUGUAUACGGUAUCUGCGUUGAUGUAUCGCGGAGUUGGAUUUGCGGCGACCUCGAACCUACCGCUGAACAAAAACGUCUAUACCGCAUCGCAUAUGAACACAUCACUACCAACAUUGAGAUGGUUAAGCCCGGGGUACGCUUCACAGACCUAACACGUAACGGUCACCGCUUGCCUGAAGCAUGUCGUGCUCAGCGCUAUGGUGUCAUGUUUCACGGUGUAGGUUUGUGUGAUGAGUACCCGAGUAUUCGAUAUCCCGAAGAUCUCGAUUCAUAUGGUUAUGAAGGGGAGCUACAAGCGGGUAUGGUUCUUUGUGUCGAGGCCUAUGUUGGUGAAGUCGGUGGCAAGGAUGGUAUCAAAUUGGAGAACCAGCUGCUUGUGACCGAAACGGGUUAUGAGUUGCUUACUCAUUAUCCAUUUGAACAGAGUUUUCUCGAUUAG